UCUCCACCCGAACCAUGGAAUCUUGCAUAAACAACCCGGUGAGAGGGCACACAGCUACCAGGGCACACGAAAUACACUCCGAAUAACUUUCGGGUUAAUCCUGUGAAGAUGAGCAGGAUUUCUGGAGUUCUGCGGCGUGCGUUUGGAAUAGUACGCGAGCACGUUGGGACCGAUGCUUUGGGAAAUCAAUAUUACAUAGUCCCAGAACAGAAGACAUGGACAGGCAGGCACAUCCGUGCCAAGCGGAUGGUCGAGGCAGCCAAUCCUACAGAAUAUGAGUAUAUAGAGGGCAGCAUACCGAUGGAGUGGGACGCUUGGAUCCGAGGCAGACGGAAGGAGCCCCCCUCCGCCAAGGAGCUGCUGAAGAAUGAGUUGUACAGGAAGGACAUCAAACUGAGGGCCAAGGAAAUGGAUGAGAAAGAUCUGACCCUGCAGGCUAAGGAGCAUGAGGAAGGUCUGGUGGCGGCUCCUGCGACGACUGUGGCGAAGGGCCACGCAUCCGCCGCCAGCUUUGGCAAGCAGGAGAUCAGCGAAGACCCCACCAGCACCGCAAACACCUUCCAGCCCGGCUCCUGGCUGCCCAAGAAAUAGACUGACACAUCCACUGAGGCCACUGUCACAUGUGACACAAUCCAAUAGAAAAAAACCCUGCAAUUAAAUAUUGCCCGUGUGAAAUACUUUUAGUAGACAACUGAGUUCUGAAAUUGCCUAAUUUGGUUUGUGCUUUACCAUUUCACAGUGGAAGUAUUUAUUACAAAGCGGUUUAAUUUGCCUGUGUCACAAGAUACACAAUUCCAUUUUUAUAGUCCUGCUCUGUAUAUACACACAUGCUCAUCUCGAAGCUGACGGUGGGUGACUACAACUUUGUACUUAGUUGGUCGUACUUGCAGUGUUGACGGAUUUUGCAAACUACUGUAUGGUUUAAUGGAUAUUGUAAAUUUUCCAAUAAAUAACAUAAAUAGCUAUUUA